AUGCCAAUUUGGAUGCCCCUAUCACCGCCGGAUUCCGACGGUGACAUGUGUGAUUUGCGGAUGGAAGAGGACUGUUUCGACUUCGUCUAUGAGAUUGAGCAGAUGAGUGAAGCACGUCUUCCUCACGUCAUUCACGAGUUGAGACGACCAUCCGCCGAGAAACAGCAACAGCAGAAUAAUAAUGGGAAUGAUCACAAGAAUCUGAGCAAUCAGUUGAGCAAUGAUAUUCAAAAAGACAAGGAUUCGGUGUAUGACGCCGUCGCCAAGAUGAUCUCCAUCCCAUCAACUGAUAAGCUGAUGGCCGCCUCGCCAGCCUACACGGAUAACUCGUUCUCAAUGGACGACACGAGCCAAGAGCCGAAAGUUCUCGAUGGAAGCUCCGCCCACUUGGAUCAGGGCACUUCGUCGUCGGGUCCGGUGAUUCCACAACAGUUGCACCAUCAACACCAUCACCAUCAUCAUCAUCAACAAGCACAACAGCAUCAAAUGCCACAACCGCCGAAGCCAAAGAAGUCAAGAACUGAUAAACGAGCGGUAAGCGAGAGAAAAGAAAAAAAAAAGAGAAAAAGGCUGAAAAUGAUGAUCCAGGAGAACCAAAACCGCACCGUGGAGAAUCGUGAGGUGAAACGAGCGACGACGCCGCCAGCCGCAUGGCGAGAAGACGCCGAAUACGACGGUCCCGAGUGGAACAUCGUCGAGGACUACGCACUGCUCCAAUCGGUUCAAGCCGAGUUCGCGAAUGCUCACAAAAUUGAGAGGCAACCGGAGAUGGAGGGAUUGCUCAUGAAUUGGGAGCUGGUGGCGAGCGCUGUGAACAAGCACACACGAUUCUAUCGAUCCGCCAGGCAGUGUAGUAUUCGAUACCAAAUGUUCGUACGUCCAAAAGAGAUGGGACAACUCGUCGCCUCGGAUCCGAUCACGAAAAAAGUGAUGAAAGUGGACUUGUCGACGCUGGAGCUGUCGCACCUUCGACGCGGACGAAUGUCCACAUUCAGCCAGUAUGCACACGAUUACGGUAGUAUGACUGAUAAGAAGUGGUCGAAUCGAUGCAAGGUGGUCAAGCAGACGGCCGCGAAACGACAAGUUCAAUUUUGGAGAGGACCCAGAGGUCUGAAACCCUCCGAAUCUCUCUCUCUACUAUUUACAGAUAUUAUGUCUCGAAACCUUCAAUCUCUGGAGACUGGAAUCCCGCCGGCUCACAUUCCGAAACUCCAAGAGUUCGAUGUUCGUCCUGGUGUUCAUUUGAACGCUGAGGAGGUGAUUACGAUGAGUCCAGAGGCGAUUGCCGCCUAUGAGCAGAGCAAGAAGCGCUUGAUGAUGGCGAAUCGGCAACCGAGACCGCCACCCCGUCAAGACUAUCGCUUCCAAUCGCUCGUCAUCCGUCCCUAUACCGUACCAAUCGCCACAGAUCUCGAACCAACACCACCGCGUCGAGAAAUGGUCAUCGCCGUGCCCCCGCUGGUCCCGGCCGCCCCCAUUGCUCAGCCUCCACCAGCUCAGUCGAUUCACGCGGCGCCACAGAACUCUCAACAACAGCAGAAUGCUCAUCAGAAUGCUCAUCAGAAUCCCCAAGGACAGGGCGUUCAGAAUCAGAAUCCUCAACCUCUUCCACCGAUCCAUCAUCUGCAAGGAUCGUCAGGAGGUCUUGGUGGACAACUUCCACCCAUUGGACACCUUCACAUGCGACAGAUGCAUCAGGAAGCGGGUCAGCAGGGACAGCUAGUUCACUCUGGCUCCGCCCAUCACAUCGCUGGCCCCGCCCAUCAUGCUGGAGGCGGGACGAUUCAACGAAGAACAGUUUCGGGCACGAAUAUGGCUUAUAUGAAUGGCGCAGCAAAUGGAGGAAAUGGACCACAAGGACAGAGCUACGUUGUCAUGGGAUCAGGGCAAGCAGGAGAAGCCACGCCCACCCAGCAAGGAGGAGCCCAACAACAGCAACCCCAGCAUCCUCAAAUCCAACAGCAGCAGCAGCAGCAACAACAGAGAGUACAGUAUGUUCCACAGGGUGGCGGACGAGGUGCCUAUCCGACGAACACGCUGGUCAUGCAACGAGGUGGACGGGUGGUUAGGCCAACGGGACCAAUGCAAGCAGCCGCUGGUGGCGGCGGGCGUAUGUUCAUCGACAAUCGCCAUCAUCAAUACCCCCAGAACGUGGUGCCUGUUCGUGUGAUGCCCGCGGGACAACAACCACAACGAAUGAUAUCCGGACAGAGGAGACCGCCGGCACCAGGAACCGUCGCCGCAAUGGUACUACCGCAUCGAGCCGGAAAUGGUGGCGUUGGACAGAUUCGAACCAUGCAUCUUUCCAGACGAGGAGCGUACGCUGGUGGACCACCCGGAGGACCGCAAGGACCCAACGGCGGCCCUCAACAGCAGCGAAUCAACGUGAUGGUGCAACCGCAGAACAUGCGUGGAGCUCCAGGAGCCGGUGGACCCCAAAUGGGCGGAGUCCCAGCGAUCCGACGGCAGUUGGUGGGACGCACCAUGCAACGAGUCGAUGGAAACGCGCCUGGAGCGCCGCAGGUGGCUCAAGUGGUUGUUGCUCCACCCCAAGGCAUGCAGAAUGGACCGCCCGUGCUUCAUAUGCAGAGAGUACAGUAUCAACAGGCUCCGCCCCCUUCUCAGCAAGCUCCGCCUCCUCAGCACUAUCAGGGAGGACCUGGAGGAUCAGGACAAGGACAUCAGCAGGGACCAUCUGGAGGAGGAGGAGGAGCUCAGCCACCGCCUACGCAAUAA